UAUUUUAUUUCCUUUACUCUUCAAACAUUCGAAAAUGUUCUCUCCAGCUAUUUACAACGCUUACAGCAAUACUCCGGCUAACCGCUCUAUGGUCCCAUGGUGGGGAUACCGACGCAACUGGACUGACCCAUUUGACCAAAUGGAGCGUUGGAUGCAAUCUAUGGAUCGUUAUUAUGAUGAGCAUAUGGGUUUCCAGAUGCGUGACCAUGCUGCCCAAAUGAAGAUUGAGCCCAAUGGUGAUUUUACCUACAAGGUCGAUGUUUCAGGAUUUCGCCCUGAGGAAAUGACUGUUGAGGUUCAAGGCAACGAAGUUGUAAUCACCGGAGAACACCGAGAGCAAAAUCAAGGUCUGAGUGGACUGAUUAAAUUAAUAAUCUAA